CUCAACUGAAGUGCCUUGUGUCGUACCACAUGGCUGCAUGAUUCCGGUGUGUUCUGGAUUAAACGAAUAUUUAGUAAAAUUUUACAUGGUUACUUUGUGGUAAAUAAAAUAAGGUUUAAAAAUAAUGUCACAAUUACAAGCGAGGUUCUUUACAGAGGACAAAAGGUACGUUGUGGAUGAUGUUCCAUUCUCCAUCCCCGCUGGUUCUGAAGUGCAGGAUCUCAGUAAUGUCAUCAACAAGCUACUGGAGGCUAAAAAUGCAUCUCAUAGAAAAGUGGAGUUUGACUUCUUGGUCAGGGGUCAGUUCCUGCGCACACCACUGUACACUCAUAUGGAGUCAGAAGGAAUAUCUACGGAAGAUGUGGUGGAGAUUGAAUAUGUCGAGCGAAUCACUGCCCCAGAGCCUGAGGAGUGCUUGAUGCAUGAUGACUGGAUUAGCUCCGUGGAUGCAGAUCCAGAAUGGAUUCUGACAGGUUCGUAUGACAAGACAGCCAGAAUCUGGUCUGUGGAAGGCAAGGCGAUUAUGACUGUGGCCGGACACACAGAUGUGGUCAAAGACGUCGCUUGGGUCAAAAAAGAUGGCUUGACCUCUCUGCUUCUGACGGCCUCUCUGGAUCAAACCAUUCUCUUGUGGGAGUGGAACUCUGAGAGGAACAAGGUGAAAGCCAGACACUGCUGUCGAGGACACACUGGGAGCGUUGACACCAUCGCCACAGACCCCAGCGGCUCAAAGUUCUGCAGUGGAUCCUGGGAUAAAAUGUUGAAGAUCUGGUCAGCAGUGCCAACAGAAGAUGCAGAUGAAGUUGAGGAGCUUGCAGACCGACCGAGGAAGAAACAAAAGACUAAUCAGCUGGGUCUGACCAGGACUCCCCUGAUGACAUUGUCUGGUCACAACGAGGCGGUGUCCUCUGUUCUGUGGUGUGACAGUGAGGAGCUGUGUAGUGCAUCCUGGGACCACACAAUCCGCGUGUGGGAUGCUGAGACCGGAGGAAUGAAGACUACACUGUCGGGCAGUAAAGUGUUUAACUGUAUUUCCUACUCACCUCUGUGUCGACGGCUGGCCUCAGGCAGCACCGACAGACACAUCAGACUGUGGGACCCCCGAACCAAAGAUGGGUCGUUGGUGCUGCUGUCUCUGACCUCCCACACUGGCUGGGUCACGGCUGUAAAGUGGGCACCUGCACAUGAGCACCAGCUGGUUUCCGGUUCCCUUGACAACCUAGUUAAACUGUGGGACACGAGAAGCUGUAAGGCUCCUUUGUAUGAUCUUGCUGCCCAUGAGGACAAAGUGUUUUGUGUGGACUGGACAGAAAGCGGGCUGAUGCUGAGCGGAGGCGCCGAUAACAAGUUGUACACCUACAGAUACUCAUCCUGUCAGACAGACGCAGGGGCGUAGGCUCCACAGAGAACAGUCGAGAUCCACCAGCGCACCCAACCAGUGGAUGGAGACAAAUUAAUAUUACAGUGCUGCAAUAGACUGAAGAAAGCAGAAUCUUAACUUUUGUACUUUAUAAAACCUACUCAUUACCCUGUUUAUUAUUUCUGCUUCAAAUGAGGUUCUUUUGUGUCUUUAUUUUCAUAUAAAUCACUGUAAUGUCUUCAAUAAUA